CUCUCUGCUGUCAGACUGCCUCAGUCUGAAGUGGAGGCACAAGCAGGAUCGGGCUCUGUAUGCUUCAUCUGACGCUGCAGCGCUUGUCCAACAUUUGACGGACUUUCUGUUUCUACUCGGCCACAGGAAGCGGCAGAAAAUGAGUUGAAAAGGAAUAGGAUUUGGCUUGUUGUUCUGCUUCUCGUUCCAUUUCCUCCUUCCUGUCUUAAUGCCCACGGCGGUGUGGUCAGGACCAGAGGAGGAUGGGUCCGGCUGUGGAGGCUCAGGCCCAGAAGGCCGUGAAUGCCGAGCAGAAGGAGCAACAGCAGCAGCAGCAGCAGUGCUACAUGGAGAAAGGGGUGAUGCUUGAGCCUUUCCUGCAUCAAGUGGGGGGGCACUGCUGCGUCCUUCGUCUGGGGGAGCAGGCCAUCUGCAAACCCCUCAUCCCCCGCGAACAUCAGUUCUACGAGAGUGUGCCUGCAGCAAUGAGGAAGUUUACCCCUCAGUAUCGAGGUGUUGUGUCAGUGAGCUUCGAGGAGGACGAAGAAGGGAACCUUUGCCUAAUUGCUUACCCCAUCCAGAGUGACCCAGCGGGGGAUCUUGAAAACAAGGACCCCUCGGCUGACAGCGAGCCCAAAUGCGAGAUGCUCAUGUGGGGCAAAAUGAUGGCAUCUUGGCCGCUUGUGGACAGCGAAAAUUACAGCAAAGACAGCAGAAGCCGCCAUUCUUGUAAAGACCAGGACAAGAGCGUUCACAAGCUGGAGGAGGAGGCUGAGGUUCUCUACUACCGGCUGGAGCGCAGUCCCAGUAACGCCGUGCCUCAGCUCAAACACAACCCCUGGACCCAACAGCACCACCUGCAGAAAAUGAAGGACAAGGCCAUGCACUGCAACCAAUACAAAUUCAUCCUGCUGGAGAAUCUGACGUGGCGGCACACGCUGCCGUGCGUGCUGGACCUGAAGAUGGGCACGCAGCAGCAUGGGGAUGAGGUCCCUGAAGAGAAAAAGGCCAGGAAGAUGCGCAAGUGCCAGCAGAGUACAGCAUCUGUUUUAGGAGUCUGCCUCUCUGGCAUGCAGGUGUACCGGUGUGACACGGGCCAGCUGAUGUUCAUGAACAAGAUCCACGGCCGCAGGCUGACCGUGCUGGGGUUCAAGGAGGCCUUGUUCCAGUUCUUCCACAGUGGACGGCGUCUGCGAAGCGAACUGUUCUCGUCGGUGCUGCGCAGGCUCCGAGAGUUGCAAGCCGCCCUGGAGACCUGCGAGUCCUAUCGCUUCUACUCCAGCUCUCUGCUCAUCAUCUACGACGGAGCGCCGCCGCACCCGAAUCACGGCGAGGACGGCCUCUCGGACGCAGAGGAGGGCGGGGGCGGGGAGGUGGAGGCCGGACCGGAGGUGGAGGAGGCGGGAGUCGCCGGUCCGCUUGGCUUUCCCCGCACGGCCUCCACGUCCAGCGACGGCAGCACCGGCGGCGGGAGCCCGGCGGUCGGCCAGGCCCGCCUGUCCCGCUCAGAUGACCGAAGCCCCCUGGUGGACGUGAGAAUGAUCGAUUUUGCCCACACCACCUGCAGACACUACCACGGGGACAGUGUGGUGUACGAGGGCCUGGACAGCGGCUACAUCUUCGGCCUCCAGCACCUGAUCACCAUCAUCUCUGAGCUGGAGAACCACAGCACAGACUGAGGUCUGAUGUGACGCACGCACACACACACACACACAUUCAGACACAGAUGCACGGUAACACACAGGAUGGAGAGGAGGACUGGACUGCAGAAGCGAGAGAGAGAGAGAUUUCUCCUUUCCUUUUCAAAAAGGGACCUGGCCCGUUGUUGGGCUCAGUUUCGCCGUCCCGCCGCCGGUGCUUCUUCGACGUUCGUGUUUUGUUUGUGUGUGUCCGUCUUUUCGGGAAUACGACCCACACAUUAACGCACACUCGGAGCCAUCUGUUUUUCGGCUCGUCCCUGUAGACUGAUUCUGCCUCCUGUCCGCUGUGGUCAGGCCGAGGACGACGGGUUCCCAGAUCGUGACCCGAUGUGGCGACUACGUUUUAACGCGGUUCACCGUUGGGCAGCAACUAAAAGCACUUUGAGACAGAACAAGAUGAAAUGUUUUUUCCUUAUGUCGGAUUCCAAAGAAGGCGUCAGCAGUUUGCCUACACAAACACAUUGUGUUGAACCAGCCGGUGUUUGCAAUGGUACGGGCUGAUGAGAGGGAGCAGCAGUUAUACGAGUAAGACGCGAGCCCACAGCCUCCAGUCUUGUUUUUCUUUUUUUGUUGUUUUUUUUAAAACUUGUUCUGCCUUCCUUCUUUCCCUUAAUCUCCACUCAAAGAGACUAUAUUCAUAUAAGUAUCAGGGACAGUUGAUAUAGAGAUAUUUCUUUAUUGGACAUGUUUCAUAAAAAAAAAAAAACUAAAAGUUCAAAAAACAAUGUUAACAGUACUACAUUCCAUGUUAUUAUUGUUAUAAUAAUGAUAUUAAUUAAUAUUGUUAUUUGACAUAUUUGAUACCUCUAUCCUGUAUGCAUUUGUUGUCUACAGUUUGUUGGCAAGAAAAAUAAAGACUUUGGUUUCUGUUAA